AUGGAGACGCAUGAAGACAAGGCAGAAUCUAAGGUAGCACAAACUUGCAUAGAAGGAAAUCAUGAGCAGAUCAUUGAAGCUAAUCCAUAUGCCACAGUAGCUGCUACAAGGAUAUUGCCCCGGGAGGAUGAGGAGAGAUUGUUCCAUUCACAAAUGUGGGUCAAAGUAAAAGCCCUGCACUUUAUCGUUGAUAGUGGAAGUCAAGAGAACCUAAUAUCAACAGAGACUGUGAAGAGAAUGAAUCUGAAAAACAACCCACCCGCAAUCUUAUUGAAUGGGAUGGCUGCACAGUGUUGGGGAAUAUCAAAAGGAAAGAUGGCACCUUCGGCCUGCGCAGCUUGUCGAUUUCAGCGCAAGAAAUGCUCAGCUGAAUGUCUGCUGGCUCAAUAUUUUCCACAGGACGGCGUUCAAAUGUUUGCGAUUGUGCAUGAGGCCUAUGGAAUUAGCCGUGUUGCCAAAUUGCUUAGAGAUGUUAAACCCGAGGAAAGAGCAGAUGCAGUUAAUAGUUUGGUGUAUGAAGCAAGUGCCAGGGUGGAGGACCCUGUUUAUGGGUGUACAAGAGCAACCCACCAACUGCAGCAGCGGAUUGCAGAUUUGGAGUCCCAGUUGGCAGCCACGCAAGCAGAUCUCCUGAAUGACAAGCCUGUAUACCCUCUCACCAUUGGAGGUGAUGAUGCUGGAAAUGUUUUGUAUUCCCCCUCACAACACAGUCAAUAUAGCAUGUGUGAGGAGGAUCCCAUGCUGUUGUGGGAACUGCUAUGGCAUGUAUAA